UUCCCUUCCGGACCAGGCACCACCAACUCAAAAGCUGACACCAUGCCCGUCCCCAAUGGCGCUGCGCUCCGCUGCCCAACACAGAGUGUACCCCGGCUCGCAACCCCAUAAAAACAGAGAGGCACUCGCGCCGGUUGCUCCGACGAGAUCGAUCGCCCCGCCAUGGCCGAGGAGGCGCAGGCGCUGGGGUUGGCUCUGGGUCUGGGAACCGAAAGCUCGCCGGGGACGACGUUGGUCGAGGACUCGGUGACUCGUGCGGGGGCGUCCAGGCGGCGCAGGUCGCCCCGUCUGGAGCGCGCGCGCCGGCAGGCCAUGUCCGUGCUCUUCGACGAGCUGGGCGCGCUGCUCCCCGACCUCCCCCACCGGGCGUGCAAGGCGGACAUCGUCGACGGGGCCAUCGCGUACGUCAGGGCGCUGGAGGACACGGCCGCCGAGCUCGAGGCGCACAGGGCGAUGUCGGCCGGGCGGAGCCGCCGCGCGCGCCACGGCGGCGGUGCCGCCGAGGUCGUCGUGGCGGGGGAGACGUCGUGCUUCGCCGUCCGGCUGCGCGCGGCAAGGCCGGGCGCGCUCACGCGCGUGCUCCAGGUGUUCCAGCGGCACCGCGUGCCCGUCCUGGCGACCACCGUCUCGCGAAACGGCGGGGAGGCAGCGGUCACGGUCACCACGGCGGUGGUGGCACCGGCGGUCGCGGGGAAGAUCGAGGCAGAUAUUAUUAGCAGCAAUGCGUGAGUGAUGAGUCCUACUGAAUGAUCGAUCAGCUAUGUCGUCUUGGAUCCUCGUAGUAUUAUCGUUCGGUCGAUGCAUUUCUCCUCGAAUUUUGACUCUUGCCUUCAGCACUCAGACAACCGUAUGCCACAAUGCUGUAUAUAUCUCCUAUUUGCCAGCGCGCCAUAAACAUGGCAGUACACCAUCUAAACUCUUCCAAGCUAAUUUUCUUUACAGAUCUGCUAAUUUUUAUUCAGAUUAGAUUUAGCUAUGCCUCAUUUAAGUUCUAUCGAAUGAUCAGAUUUUCUAAA